CGGCGCGGUCACGCUGGGUCACACUAAUGCCGUGUUUUUUUUCGCCGAAUUACAUUUUUUCGGAAUUAAUUUCAUUUUAAGCAAAGUAAAAGCAAAAUGGGACGACGUUGCUGCGUAGCCAAGUGCCCGUCGACGUCGCGUCUCUUGGAGCACCACGGCGUCACAUAUCACUCGUUUCCGCUCGACCCGAUUAUCCGGACCAUUUGGAUCAAGAACUCGCGCAUCAGCCUGGACAGGCAGAUUACGAAGAGCGUUCUGGUGUGCUCGCGCCAUUUUCGACGAGUCGAUUUCAAUGCCAUACGCAAUGGGAAAUAUUUGCUGAAGCCGCGCGUAUUUCCCACGGUUUUUCCAUGGGGCAAAAUGGAUGCCUCUGAAAUUGAGGCCGAUCAUCGUGCUCUUCAGCAGGUCAAUGUGGACGGCACAGCCGCUCCGGGCGCUGCAAGCAGUUCCGGCAAUGAGGAUGUGAUCAAGGCAACUGUGGAUCAAAUUGUUUCGCAAAUCAUGGCCGAGUCAGCGGAGCGUAAUGCCACGGCAGCUGUCGAAGCAGUCGUCAGUGAGGAUAAGGAGAUGGAAGUGGCCAAAGUAGUUGCCGCCGAAGGGGCUGAGAGCGCCGUCAAAGAGAGUAGUUCGACUGGAGAGGAUUCAACCGAAACUCCCCCAAAUGAUGGCGAAACAGCAGCGGCUGGAGCUGCCGAACAAAGUGCAGACUCUCCGCAGCCUUCCACAAGCAACGAACCGAAAUACAGCAAUCCCCAUAAUUUGAUAAUAGGAGCACGACUCGAGGCCAAAAGCGUGGAUGGCUCUUGGCUGCCCGCUCGCAUUGUGGAGGUCAACGAAACGGAUCAAACGCUCCUCAUCCGCUUCGAGCGGAACAAUAAGAUAAAGGUGAUGCCCUCGACCAGCGGCUCUUAUCAGGAGUGGAUGGCCAUCAAAUCGGAACGCGUACGACAACGCGUCAGCAACCGAAUCCUACCAGUGUUCGAAUUGGAAGAGAAAUGCAUGGCUCGCUGGUCGGGGCCGCGUAAGUUUCCGGGCACCAUCAAGAAGCUGCUGGGCCACGACACCUACGAGGUACUCUUUGACGAUGGCUACUCCAAGAACGUUCGUGCCGUGCACAUGAACAAGCUGCCGAAGCCAGCUGCCGCUGAGGACGUGGAGACUGCUCCAGCCAAUACGACGGCCGUGAAGAGGGCAAGCACUGGCCCUGCCAGUGCCAGUGGUGCCUCGAGCAGCAAGAAGAGCAAGACCUCACAGCGCAAGGAUUGGCCACUGCUCGACAUGUCUAGCUUGGAUAUCGAUGCUCUGGGAUUGCCGGAGAUACCGCACGAUGGGGAAUGGACCUGCCACUGGGUGAACGAUCAGCCGAUUGGCACCGAAGGUUUUCUAAUUGUGGGCGAGCACCAGAAGCCCACGGUGAUUGUGGAGGACUGGCGUCUGCCCCCCGGCUGGAUCAAGCACAUGUAUCAACGCUCGAAUGUCCUGGGAAAGUGGGAUGUCAUUCUGGUCUCGCCCAGCGGCAAACGAUUCCGCUCCAAGUCAGAUCUGAAAGUGUUUCUCGAGUCGCAGGGAUUCGUCUACAAUCCGGACGUGUAUGACUUUAGCAUUCAUCGCCGUCGCGCAAAGGACAUCAAUGCCUACGUCUACACUGGCGACUACAGUCCACAGCCGCCGCACAAGCCCAAGACAAUGAAUGUCUCGUCGCUGGACAGCAGCAUGGACCAGAGCAACACAACAUUGUCAGAUAUGUCCGCGACACCCUUGGCAGCAGAUGCACCGGCCCGUCCCGAGGACGCUCAGUAUAUGGAGGCACCCGUAGCCUCACUCAGGCCACCAGCAGAGCUCAUGUCGCCACAGAACCAUCUAACAGAUGAUGGCCAUCCAACCGCUGACAUGCCAGAAGCCACUGGCAGUGGCACCUCGUUGAACGUGCCUGUGGACGAACAGGGCACGGUUCUGGUCGAGAAUGGCUAUGCUUUUAUUGGCGGCCUGAAGGUUUUCAUCGUGGAUAAUUUGUUCGUUUGCCCGGGCGAGGGAUGCGGCAAAACGUAUCGCAAGGAGGAUGUUCUGCUCAUACACAUCCGUCACUACCACAAGGAGUUUGCCGAAUAUGUCAGCCACUGUCCCAAGAUGCAGGAGCUGGCUGUUAAGCGGACCCAUGCCUCUUCCAUUGAGCAGGGCGAUGCUGUGCCCAAGAAUCAAAUACCCAAUCAGCAGUUCUUUGCCAAGAUGCAUCAGCAGGAUAUGCAGCAGUCGCGAUCCUUUAAGCGCCAGGGCACAACACCAGGAUCCACACCGGUAGCGACACCAUCGCCUAAAACUCCAGGGACUCCAACGGGCAUUUCACCCACUAAAUCGCAGUCCUCGCCCAAUGUAGAAAAACCGGCCACGCCCUUGCCGGCAGCUGAGAACACUGGGACCCCAGAGCCUCUAGUUAGUCCCAAAGUGAGUGCUGCUGGAGCUGGCGCUGGUGCUACUGCAGCAGUCCCCUCGCCAGCAGUGCCGCCGGACUCGCCACUUGGUCGCUCAGGCAAGCGACCACGUUAUUCCUCCUCAAGACGUUCGUCGGGAUUCCGCAAGAGCAAUCGCCAGCGCUCACGGCGUCGUCCGGUCCAUCCCACAACUGGUGGACCCACCACUGCUGAUCCGGACACCACCGAGGAGAUGCAAAAAUCUUUGAACACGCCUACGCUGGAGGGGCGCCCCGAAGCUAAGAAGCGUCGAUUGUUAGCGGGAACAACGCCCAGCAGCUCACCUGCCACAGCGGACACCGCAGUGUCGACACCCUCGUCCAAUGAUCAGGCAGACAUCAACGCGGCUGUGGCUCCGCCGCUGACGGAGACGCCUGGCAAGGCGCCGCAGUACAUCAAUGAGAAUGGACAACUGAUUCGAAUUGUGCGCAUGCGUCAGGAGGAGAUCAUCAAUUGCAUCUGUGAGUACGGCGAGGAGGAUGGCCUGAUGAUCCAGUGCGAGCUGUGCCUGAGCUGGCAGCAUGGGGGCUGCAAUGGCAUUGUCAACGAGUCCCAGGUACCGGACAAGUAUGUCUGCUACAUCUGCCGCAAUCCCCCACGGGUGCGCAAGUCGAUGCGCUACAAACACGAUCAGGAGUGGCUGUUCGAUGGCAAGCUUCCAGCGGCCGCGUAUCACACAACCAAUCCACUGACGGGCAAGCAGUCAGAGCUGCUUAAGCGCUCGCACACGCUCACUGGCAAUCUGCUGGAUGUCAAACGCGCGAUGCACUCGCUGCGUGUGAAGAUGAACAUUUCCCGCAAUCGCUGUCAUCCCAAGCUGUAUCUGUGGGCCAAGCGGUGGGAUGAGGAGCAGGGCGAUGCCUCAGCGUCACCCUCGAAGCGUUCAAAGCCAGAGCAACCUGGUUUUCCCCAUGUCCCACAGCCCGAGGCCGCCAUCGAUCCCGAGGAGUGUCAGUUUCGCUUAAUCGAGCAUGUAAAGGUGCAGCAGUCCCUGGUCCUGAAUCGUCUCAACGAAAUCGAGGCCGAAAUGGAUGAGCUAGAAAAUGAGGACAUCCUUAAUGAUCUGAAGGACGCAGACAUCUCGGUGACCAAAGAUGCCGUGGCCACAUUUGUCAGGGAGCUGGAGACAUUAAAGCGCUUGGCUCGCCUCAACUAUGUGGGCAAUGAGAAUAGCAGGGAAGCAGCAGCCCCGGCCAAUCCAGCCGUUUAAGAUUUUUAUUUUUAAAUGAUUGAUAAAUAAGAGAUCCAGGAGAAGCCUCUUCGUUUUAUCUCUCGCUCUCUGUGAGAUUACAAAUAAGUUACAACUUAACUUGCAUUCAGAAUAAAUGUUAAACCUAAUCG